AUGUCGAAUGGAUCCCAUGGCCUCGAUUUCGAGCUCGUCAGUCUCAUUGAGGAACAGAAUUCAAUUCUGCGUGAAAUGAAUAGCUGGGGCCAGCGGUCAGAUAAUAGGGCACCUGGAGUUAACGAAAUCGCAUCACUGCCGAGUGUACCCUCACGGAGCACCAGCGCGUGGAAGCCUUUGCUCCGUUCCUUUGCUGGCAAUGCUCGGCCACUUAUAGAUCGCUGGCGUCGUAACUUGGACACCACGCUCAUUUUUGUCGGCUUGUUCUCAGCUAUCAUUACUGCAUUUUUCGUGGAGUCGCUCAACGCGUUACCUCCAGACGAAGCCUCGCGAACAAACGCUUUGAUAGCCAACCUAACAGAGAUUGUAAUCAUCUUGAGUAGAAAUGGCGCCACUGGGUUACCCGUUUUUGAGCCAGCCCCUCCUUUCACGCCCAAUCCCGACGAAGUCCGUUUCAGCUUUUAUUGCGCUCUCGCUCUUAUCCUCAGUAUAUCUACAGCUGCUGCCGCCGUCGCAGGCCACUCGUUUAUAUCUUCUCUGACCCAUUCGCAUGGCGACUCCGUUGCGCAGCUGACGGAUCGGUACCACCGGUGGUCUGGCGCCAAAUCCCUGCUUGGACCUGUCGUCGAGACUAUCCCUCAACUGCUGAUUAUUCCGGUCGUAGUAUUUGCUCUCGGAUUACUGGACAAGCUCUUCUCGAGCGCCAUCCAACUACCCAAGGUUUCCUCAGGUCUACUAGCCGCAGCGAUAAUAUCGUGUACUUGCGUCACUCUCCUAGGCCUCGCGAUGCUUGCUGCCUUUUGCCACGCUCUCCUGCACCCUCUUACAUCUCCCUUCCAGUCCACCUUCCUGAUAUUCUUGAAAUCCAAAUUAACAAACAUAUUCAGACCGAUACAAGCCGAGGGAGAACAGUCCCCCGAUCACGAUUUGUCGCUUGUCAAUUGCGAGGUCUUUCACAAGGUCAUCCAGGAGACCCACGAUGAUCAGUACUUGAAUGGUGCCGCCACCGCAGUCUCGAACAUGAUGGUAGAUUCUUUCCGGCUGAGAAGCAGGUUCCUCAGUUACACGCCCCUACCUGAGCUGGAGCUGCAGACUUUGCUCCACUUGCUCUCCCCAGAAGCUAGUAUACAAAGCAAUCUGGCUGCUGCGUCAAUCAUUGGGGAGUCAGGCGUCCUGUACUACUAUUGGGAUACUUCGCACAACCGGAUGGGUGUUGAUCCUAACCAGAGGGCGGCCCUUCUCAGAGCGCUGGUGCGCGCUACGAACCAUGGGAAUGUCGGUCAACGGGACUUGUCUACGAAUUCGCCGUUCAUCAAAGCCAUGUCGUUCUUGGUCAACUACCCAAGCCCCGAUGCAUGGCCCCAUCCCUUGUUGAGCCUGCUAAGCGCCAAUUACUUCGAGCCGAAUGAACCACCCUCCGUAACGCUCGUCGAUGCUCACAAAGAAACGUCGAUGCACGCCUUCAAGCUACUGGUCACCGAAUUAACCGACAGAGCAAAGCUUCAGGUCAAACUGACCUUAUUGCCGAGCGCUGUAGUCGAUGGUGCUAUCCAUCAAAUUUUCGGACGCUCGACGUUGGAUCCCCACCAGGCUAUAGCACUGAUCAAAUCCCUCAUCGACAAACCUAGUGGAGGCAAGGAUCUCUUACUCAGAUAUACGCAUAAACAAGAAUCGUACGGGGAUCAUCAGGUGGCACUCUCGAGGUUGGUCCGUUGGAUUUCAUCCAGCAAAGGAAUAUUGCAAGCUAUCUCAGAUAUGAUUGCAGAGCUACCUCCAUCGUUCUUUUCACGCGGGUCCCGGCGGACUCGAAACCUAAUGCUGGUCCUUCUUAGCGUGGUCAAGCCUGCUUGCACGGAUGGCUUGGGCCUCUGCGUCAAGUUUCUUCGCAAGGCUUGUGCGUCGCGGAAUUGGGGAGAUGCCGACGAGGAUUUGGCCCUCAGUAUCGUCUCGAGGUACUUGCAUCUGUUGAUAACCCUCAUAGACGUUUGGAUGGAGGACAAGGAGAAAGUGCUCGAGUACUCUGAAACGCUCUGCAAGGUCCGGAAAUGGAUAGAUGAUAACGUGGCUUUGGUAGAAGUUUAUCAGGACAUACAUAUUCGUGUUUGGCAGACGGAAUGGGUAGAGGACAGUCAAGAAAGUAUUCAGCAAAAGAUAGAGUCUGCAUAUCGAUUGAUUCACGAGCGACUAGAGCAACCAUUUUUGUCCUAG